GAGAUAACACAAACACCACAACCGUAAAGUACGAUUUAUACAUUUUAACUACAGCCAAACAUAGUUAAAUAAUAUUAUUUCUUGUAUAAAGUAAAUACUUUAGUUUCAGAGCACAGAUUUGAGGUCCGUGAACGCAUCACUCGUGUUUUCUUGAUGUUAUGGAAACGCACGCAGAUUGUCCUAAAUUUGUCCGCCACUCUGACGCAUUUAUACUCCAMUUUAAGUGAAUGUGAAACGAUGAAGAGUUUAUCACAUGCGGGCAGAUACAGAAAAUGGUUUUACUGUUUCAYUAAGCCACCUGAGCGGGAGUCCUUUCAACUGGUGCGUUCUACUUCCGGUUAGAAGAGGAAGUUCAAAAAUAAAAACUACAAACUGCGUCUUUAAGAAUCAGAAUGAGCAUCCAGGAGCAGGAAGCAGCGGAGAAGAAAUACGACCCACUUGACACAACAUUGAAGUUUGUCGACAGAGGAGAUGACUUGGAUCCAGUUUCCUCUGAAUUUUCCUCUCUGCGAGCUGAAAUGUCCUGUGGACACGCUGUCACUCCAGAGUCUCUGACCCUGUGGUGUCGCAGCCAGCUGGACGAGGGGAAUUAUCAGUUCAGAUGUCCUGCAUUGGUGGACGGCUUCAAACUGUGCAACAAGUUGUGGUCGUACCAGGAGGUGCGCAGACUGGCAGACCUAGAUGUGGAUGAAAUGCAGUAUUUUGAGGAGACGAUGGCUCGUUUGGCCGUAGCAGAGUACUGUGAGGUUCAGCCGUGCCCAAAGUGCAAAACGAGCGUGGCGAGGGAGAAUAUGUGCAACCUGUGUGUCCAGUGUGUCAUUUGCACGGCAGACCAGAAGAAGCCCUACCAGUUCUGCUGGCAGUGCCAAAAGCCGUGGAAGAACCCGGGCGCUCGGUCCGACUGCUGCGGCAACCGCGGCUGCGUCAACAGGGACCUGCAGAUCCUGCAGACGUGCAAAAACAUCAGUCUGCCCGAAGUGGAGGGCGUCAGCAGCUGCCCCUCGGUGCGAGCCUGUCCCGUGUGCGGCAUGAAGGUGGAACACAACCAGACGUACUGCAAAAACGUCACGUGUCCACACUGCAAGCUGGAGUUCUGCUUCGUGUGCCUGAACCCAAAGUCUGUGUGUUGUAAAACCAGCUCGCCGUAUAGAAUCUGUCCCAGCGGCGUGGCUCCGAGGCAGACGGCUAUUCCUGUGUGGAAGAAAAAAUGAGUGACGACAAAGCGGUUUUUGGGUUUGAGGAGCAGUUUCACCAGAAAUWUGUUGAGGAUUCCUAAAAUUUGGACAAUAAGUUCGUGUAUCUCAGCUUUAAGAACGUUUAAAGUCCUUUUUAUUUAGCUGCUGUUUUAUUUUCUUGUAUGGAUCAUCAGUUUUGGAACAUGCACAUGUAAAGUUUACACGCUGAAAUGUAAUCUUUAAGUCUGGAUUAUUACUGAUGUCAAACAGAAUAACAGGCCUGAUCAUGAUUACUGUAGUUCGUUCAUCUAGAAGUAAGACCAUGUUUAUUGACAAAUGUAAGAAAUAAAUCUUUCAGUGGACCA